AUGGGGGCGAGUCAGCUGUUGGUGGCACUGACACUGGUGCGGAGAGCAAGCAGGGAGGGGGCAGGCAAUAUAGAACUCUGCAGUACUCAACCCAAAAGGGCCUGCACCAAGCUGCGCCGGUGGAGCUGUGGGCAGGCUAGAGGCAUUCCUGGGAGUCAGUGGCAUAGCGCCAAGGGGACGUGGGGUGUGAUGCACUGGACGUGCACCGGUGCGGUGGUGUUCUGGGACAUGGCGAGGGCAUUACGGGGCUUGGCGGGGGCAGGUGGUCGAGGAUUUCCCAGUUUUUGCUGCCAGAUUUUGCUGCACUGCUUGGAAGCCCUCUGGAGGUGGUGUGGCAGCACGGGAACAGUGCUGUCCCUGGCCGCUGGAGCCCUCUGGAUAGACCGUCAGAAAGCUGCCCGGGCGGCGACGGGCUGCCUGCUCUGCUCGGAGGCGUCGGGGCCGGUGCGCCUAGGGGCGGUGGGCGCAUCCGAGGAACCCAGAAGGCCCCCAGCUGUGCUGAUCCGGGCCCAGCCGCGACUUAGGACCGGGAGAGGCGAGCACUCGGUCGUCGGGGGUACGAGCAGGCAAGAGGAAGGGUCUGUUCCCCUGCCUUCCCCUUUCAGCUUUGUCCACAUUCAUAGAAUGGAUAUUUGCAUCCUGAUCAGUGUGCUCUGCAGACACAGGAUAUGUGGUUGCUGGCUUCUUGGCAUUCUGGUUGGCCUUCCCUCCAGAGACAUCCUAGGCUUCACUGUACCUGCUGAAAAUCACACUUCAAAAGGUCCUGUGCCCCUCACCUUUGAGACCUGGGAACAUGUGUACGAAUACACACCUUCAGCUUUGGACUGGUGGCACGCGGACAGGUACUGCCAGCAGCGUUUUGCUCAACUUCUCUCAGAGACCUGGGACGGCGAGCUGACAUCUCUCAGCAAAAAGCUGCAAUCCCACCAAAUCCGAAAUAUAAUCUGGUGGAACGACGAGGAGGCAUUCCUGCAGAAGCCCAAGCAGAGGCGAAUUCACUCCACGCCAAUCCUGGUGUUCAAAAACAAAACAGACACGAAGUUUGUGAAGGUCCUGGUGGAUUUCCCAGAGAUGCCAGCUGUGAGCGCCUGUGGCCACAUCCAGUGGGAUCCUGGAGCUGUGGAGAUCUCCACCGUCUUCUCAUACGCAGUCCCAGCCUUCAUCAAUGAGUUCCAGUUGCGUGGCUUCGUGGACGAAGACGGUUUCGUCCGGUUUGCCAUGAUACUGCACGGACAUCACUCUCCGUACCUGCCAGUGUUUCGCAGUGACGGGCAGUGGCACCACUUCUGUGUCACUUGGCAGCUUCACAAUGGCACGUGGGCCAUCUAUGCCGACGGGAAGAAGAAGGCCUCUGCUGUGGGGCUGUCUGCUUCGCAGGCUGUCGAUGGCCACGGGACUUUCAUUAUCGGGCAAGAUCAAGAUUCUCUGGGUGGAGCUUUCAAGGAGAAAGAGUCAUUCAGUGGGAACCUCACAGACCUCCAUGUCUGGCAGAGAGUCCUCAGCAGGGAGCAGAUGGAGAAGGUGCGUUCCUGCAUCUCCAUUGAGGAAGGGCUGGUAUUUGGCUGGAACACGGAUAUCUUGGAGGUUGAAGUCAGCGUCCAGCAGGCCGUGCUGCCACUCACCUGUCCAGGGCCUGUGGAGGAGUGCCGUGUCUUCAGAGUUUCCCCCGCAAUCCUCACUUAUGCUUCUUGCCUGCAGCCAUUGCCCUUUGUCUGCCGCUACAGAAAAGAUAUUUAUUAUCAGCUGAAGGAAACACAGUCCAACUCCAACCCAUGGUUCAUAGCCCAAGUUAACAGGCGGGCAAAUGCCACAGUGAUUCCCGAGAGCGUCUUCCAGGCGCAGGCUGAAGGCCUGAAUCUCUCAGCAGCCACUGAAUUCCUGGAGGUUGUGGAGACGGUCCUGACGGAGGCUGAGCCACCCACUCUGGACUCCGCUGCUCUCCUGGGCGUCAUCCAGUUGCUGAGGAAGGUCUCUGACUUUGACGUUGUCGAGGAGCCAGAGCAGCUGGCCAUGUUGGAGCAGCUGAGCCAGCACUACGUGGAAAUUGCUGGGAUAAUCCUGGAGGAGCAAAACGCCAAGGAGUGGUCUGAGAUCCAGCCGAUCAUCGGCGGACCCAUGACAGUUGUGGACAACAUGGACAAGAUGGCGUCUAGCCUCCAGCAGCUUCUGAACACAGGGAGGCCCCGAGUCACCAUCAAGAGUAAGAACAUUGGAGUUGAAGUGCGACGCAUCGAACUUGGUGCGCUUUCAGCUCACCGUGCAGCAUACAUCAUGCCAAGCCAGCAGGGAGACAAGACUGACCAAAUUGAGGUUCCUUCAGAAGAAAUGGAGAAGCUGAGCAUGAAAGGCCUGCAUCGAAUCACAGUAACUAACACCUGGUAUAACUAUGGCUCUCUUCAGCACCUUCUAGGCAGUAGAAGUGCUGUGUUCAAAGAUGCGGCUGUGUCAGAUGGAGGCAGAAGGUAUCUGAGUACCCAGGUGGGCUCCUCCAUCAUCUCCUCCACUGUGGUCAGUGACUACGAAGAAGUCAGCACCUCUGUGCGUUACCGUCUGCAGCACCAAGCACAAGUCCAGCGUCUACCUGAGCAGCUGGUGGAACCAGUCUGUGCCUUCUGGAACUUCAGCAGAAGCCCUGAAGCUGGCGGAGGAUGGUCCUCUGUGGGCUGCUCCGUCAUAACCACCCACAUGGAAUUCACCACCUGCUUCUGCAACCACACCACCAACUUUGCAGUUUUGCUGCAGGUCUAUGAGGUUCAGAGGAGUGCAGAAGAGGAAUCGACCCUGAAGACCCUGACGUUCAUUGGCUGCGGCGUUUCAUUCUGUGCCUUGAUUGUCACCUUCGUUCUCUUCCUGGCUGUCGGUGUUCCCAAGAGCGAGCGGACCACCGUGCACAAAAACCUGAUCUUUGCUUUAGCAGCUGCAGAAGCCUUGCUUAUGUUCAGUGAACUGGCAAAAACCAACCAGGGAGUGUGCUUUGCUGUCACGGCCUUCCUGCAUCUCUUCUUCAUGGCUGCCUUUGCCUGGAUGCUCGUGGAGGGGCUUCUCCUCUGGAGCAAAGUGGUUGCUGUGAACAUGACCGAGGAUCGGCGGAUGCGGUUCUAUUACGUGACUGGAUGGGGGCUUCCUGUUGUUAUUGUUGGUGUGACUUUGGCAACAUCAUUCAACAAGUAUGUGGCAGACAACCACUGUUGGCUCAAUGUGCAAACGGAUAUAAUCUGGGCCUUUGUUGGGCCAGUCCUCUUUGUUCUGACGGUGAACACCUUUGUGCUUUUUCGGGUGGUGAUGGUCACGGUCUCCAGCGCACGGCGGCGCUCAAGGAUGCUGACGCCCAACAGCAGCCUGGAGAAGCAGAUCGGUAUCCAGAUCUGGGCAACCGCCAAGCCUGUCCUGGUGCUGCUGCCCGUCCUUGGUCUUACCUGGGUGUGCGGUGUCCUGGUGCACCUCAGCAUCACCUGGGCCUACAUCUUCAUUGUUCUGAAUUCCCUCCAGGGUCUCUAUAUAUUCUUGGUCUAUGCAAUCUACAACAGUGAGGUGCAAAAUGCCAUCCAGCGGAUGAAGGAGAAGAAGAAAGCUCUCUCAUUCACGAACUGCUCCCACCCCAUCAAUUAUCUGUCAAGUCCAAGAAACACAUCCUGGGAGAUGGGCAGGUCCCGGCCUUCCAUGCCAGAGAGCACUGCCUCUGCUCCUGUAGAGAAAGCCCCUUCAGUGGACAUCAGCCACAAGAGCAUCAGCAACAAAGGGAACUUGAGUGCCAAACUCCCCAUGGGGAUUUCCUCAGUUAUAUCAGCAGAGAGACCGGCUGUGCAACUGACUGCAUUCAAAUCUUCAGGUUUCUGAGUAGAGGUGUUCCAGUUAUCCCCUUCACCCACCCCAAGGUAGCACAACUUCAGAAGAAUUUCUUCAGGCAAAAGACAGGAUCAAGGAAGCUGCAGGUGACCAGGUCCAGUUUCUUCCAGAUCUGGCAGCAAAUGGGCAAAACUGUUUUGCUUGCAGCAAACCAGGCAGAUGGUCAUCACUACACUGCCCCCCUCCCUGAUGGUACUUAUCUACUUUAUAUAGUAACUCUUGGUGGCCUUUCUUGAGUGGCAUCACUGGGCUUGACUGGUCAUGGACCAAGGAGAACAGUCUAUUUAUCUGGGCAAAGAGGACUGUGAUAACCCAUAUAACCUCUGUAAGAAAUCUGUCAUGCAGUUGAUUGUCACAUUUAUGGGGCAUCAUCUGCUGGGGAUCUUCUCCUGCUUAAGCACCAUUGAAAUGAACAGGUAGGUCCGUCAUGCCUGCAUGCUUCUUGCAUCUGUUUCAGUGGAAUCUGUGUUGAAGGGCUUCUUGCCCUUUUGGCCACUCUCAAGACUCUAGUAAACAUUUCCUUCUCCUGAA